AUGCCUUCCGGUCAGAACUCAUCCCCACAAAUCGGCUCAAAGAGUUACAGGGAACGCCUUUGUCAGAGUCUGGCACCCCCUCGCCCUCAAAGGAAAAAGACAAUCUGGAGCCCGUCAAGCUCAGUGGAUGGUGACAAUAAUAGCGAAGACGAUGUUCCAAUGGAGAGCGAAGCAGACGAGGAAGGGCCUCCGAACGAAGAGAUGGAAACCGUGUCUGAUGACGAGACUGUCAAAGUCCUCCUAAAAUGUGCUGCGGACGUGGACAAAAGACUACUACGUAUGACGGAAUCGGUAGAAAGCACUCAACAAGACGUGGAGAAUUUGAAGGUGGCUAUCCGGAACAUUGAGGAUACACUACAGGGAUGGCAAAAGUAUUUGGGGAUCGGGGAUGAAAAAGGGAAAAGCGGUGCUCGCAGCGGUAGCCGCCUUGCACGGGCCAAGCCCCUGGCAUAA